AUGACCGGAAAGGAAAAGUCAUAUCAGGAUGAAGGAAGAUCAUUCGCAACGAGUAAACGAUGUUUACGUUACGUAUUUGCGAAGUUUACACAGACGGAUGAAUGUUCUACAUCUAAUUUAAAAAGCUGCAAUAUUCAACUGGUGUUCCAAAGUGAGAGCUUACAAAAUCAGUCGAUAUUGAGAGGAUACGGUGCCUCGAGUGUCCUAAUUAUAUCACUUGGCAUCAGUUCAAGAUGGAGUGAGCAGGAUGGGUGGGGUUUCGUCAUCACUGGUCAGUGUAGUGGUCAGCAGGCACGCGGGGCGGUGCGGCGGCGGAAGUUGGCUUCAGUGGUGGUGGGCAUGAUUGGGGGGGAGGGUGUGUGAGUGAGUCUUCGUUCUGUCAUAGGUAUGGAAGAGUAUCUUACGUGUGUC